CAGCAAUAAAUCAGUUGGUUUGUAAACAGCACCAGAAGAAGAAGGUCAAAGUGAAAGUAAAAUAUUUCACAUCGGAUGACCAGACGCCAUCUCGUAGGAUUCAAAACCAGAAAAUACCUUCACACGUUACGGCCUGAAAUCAAGUCUCAUCUAGCAAGAAAAGAAGCUGAAAAGCCUGCAAAAUUUGUGUGUAUGAAGAGAUAAAGGAGGAGAAACCUGUCUGUGAAAUGAGUGUCUAUGAGGAGAAAGAGCAGGAGUCUUCUAUUGACGCUCAGAGAGCAGGGUCUCCAGGAUUCAGCUGUGUGUCUAUGAAGAGUAACAACUCCAUGAUUCUGCCCCCUGAACUUAGAGAUGUUGAUGCUCAGAGAGCAGGGUCUCCAGGAUUCAGCUGUGUGUCUAUGAAGAGUAACAACUCCAUGUAUCUGCCCCCUCUUCUCAGUGAUGUUGACGCUCAGAGAGCAGGGUCUCCAGGAUUCAGCUGUGUGUCUAUGAAGAGUAACAACUCCAUGAAUCUGCCCCCUGAACUUAGAGAUGUUGACGCUCAGAGAGCAGCUUCAGGAUUCAGCUGUGUGUCUAUGAAGAGUAACAACUCCAUGAAUCUGCCCCCUGAACUUAGAGAUGUUGACGCUCAGAGAGCAGCUUCAGGAUUCAGCUGUGUGUCUAUGAAGAGUAACAACUCCAUGUAUCUGCCCCCUGAACUUAGAGAUGUUGACGCUCAGAGAGCAGCUUCAGGAUUCAGCUGUGUGUCUAUGAAGAGUAACAACUCCAUGAAUCUGCCCCCUGAACUUAGAGAUGUUGACGCUCAGAGAGCAGCUUCAGGAUUCAGCUGUGUGUCUAUGAAGAGUAACAACUCCAUGAAUCUGCCCCCUGAACUUAGAGAUGUUGACGCUCAGAGAGCAGCUUCAGGAUUCAGCUGUGUGUCUAUGAAGAGUAACAACUCCAUGUAUCUGCCCCCUGAUCUCAGUGAUGGACCUGCUGUGACCUCUGACCCUGGUAUCAUCAACAGGAAUAGAAAGAGAGACACAUCUCCAGUAUCCAGCUCUGUGUCUAUGAAGAGAAACAAAUCCAUUGGUCAGUCUCCUGAUCUCAGUGAUGAACCUGCUGUGACCUCUGACCCUGUUGCUGGGAGAGCUGACCAGAUCAGACGUGUGUCCUGUCAGACCUUCACAUCCUCCUACAGUCAGAACCACAUCAGUCAUCAUGACACAGAAACAGAUCUGCAGCUCGAUUCUCAUCAACCAGAGCAUGAUGAUCUACAGAGAGUCAAAGACCAGCACAAAACCAGCAUGAAGAACAAGUAUGAGAGCUUAUUUGAGGGAGUCAAACUACAAGAGAAUCAAACCCUCCUGAACAGGAUUUACACACAGCUGUACAUCAUAGAGGGAGAGAGUGAAGGAGUGAAUGAAGAACAUGAAGUGCUACAGAUGGAGAAAAGUUACAGGACACUCCAAGACACUCCAAUCAACUGCAACGACAUCUUUAAUCCUUUACCUGAACCAGGAUAUGAGGAGAAGAGAAGAGAGAAGAAAGACACAAUAAAGACUGUUCUUACUAAAGGCAUCGCUGGAAUUGGAAAAACCGUCUCUGUGCAGAAGUUCAUUCUGGACUGGGCCGAGGGAAAAGCCAAUCAGGAUGUAGAUUUCAUGUUUGUGCUUACAUUUAGAGAGCUGAACUUGAUUAAAGAUCACCAGUACAGUCUUCACAGACUUCUGCUAGACUUUCAUCCUGAACUUCAGGAUCUGGACUCAAAGAUUUAUGAUGAAUGUAAAGUUGUGUUCAUCUUUGAUGGUCUGGAUGAAAGCAGAAUUACACUGAUGUUUUCAGACGGUCAGAAAGUUUCUGAUGUGACUGAGAUUUCAUCAGUGGGUCUGUUGAUGUCAAACCUCCUGAGAGGAGAUCUGCUUCCCUCUGCUCUCAUCUGGAUCACCACCAGACCAGCAGCAGCCAAUCAGAUCCCCUCUAACUACAUCAACCGUGUGACAGAGAUUCAGGGAUUCAAUGACCCUCAGAAGGAGGAAUAUUUCAGGAAGAGAAUCAGUGACGAGCAUCAAGCCAGCAGAAUCAUCUCACACAUCAGAACAGCAAGAAGCCUCCACAUCAUGUGUCACAUACCCGUCUUCUGCUGGAUCUCAUCCACUGUGCUUCAAAACAUCCUGAAACAAGAUCUCAGUGCAGAAAUCCCUCAAACUCUGACUGAAAUGUACAUCUACUUCCUGCUCAUUCAAACAAAGAUGAGGAACCAGAAGUAUGAAGAGAGAGAUCCAGAGAAACUCCUGCAGUCCAACAGAGAAGUGAUUGUGAAACUUGCUGAACUGGCUUUCAAUCAGCUGAUGAAGGGCAAUGUGAUGUUUUAUGAGGAGGACCUGAGAGAGAGCGGUAUAGACGUCACUGACGCCUCAGUGUAUUCUGGGAUCUGCACUGAGAUCUUUAGAGAGGAAUCUGUGAUUUAUCAGAGGAAGGUUUACAGCUUUGUACAUCUGAGCUUUCAGGAGUUUUUUGCAGCACUGUAUGUGUUUUUCUGCUAUUUACACAAGAACAGUGAGGUUCUGAAAAUGUUCCUGACAGGAAAGAACAGAACUCAGUGUGAGAAUAUUCCUCUGGACGUGUUUCUGAAGGAAGCAGUGAAUAAAGCCUUGAAGAGUAAAAAUGGACACCUGGAUCUUUUCCUUCGGUUUCUUCAUGGCGUCUCACUGGAGUCCAAUCAGAGACUCUUACAGGAAGUACUGAUACACACUGAGAACAACCCAGAAAACAUCAAGAAAAUAACCCAAAACCUCAAACGAGGUCAGAAAAACAACGUCAGUCCUGAACGAUGGAUGAAUCUGACACACUGCUUGAUUGAGAUGAAGGAUAACUCUGUUAUUAAAGAAAUGCAGGCAUUUUUAAACUCUAAAACAAAAAGAAAAAAGCUCUCUCUUGCACAAUGCUCAACUUUGGCAAACAUGAUCCUGAUGUCAGAGGAGGUGCUGGAUGAGUUUGAUAUUAAACAGUACAAUAUCAACGCUAGAGAGGGUCGAUGGAGACUGUUACCUGCUGUGAGGAACUGCAGAAAAGCUCUUUUGGCAGGGUGUAAUCUCACUGAUCAGCACUGUGAAAUUGUGGCUUCAGCUCUACAAUCAUCAAACUCCCCCCUGAGAGAGCUGGACCUGAGUAACAAUCAUCUGCAGGAUCCAGGAGGAAAACUGCUCGCUGCUGGACUGAAGAGUCCAAACUGUCAACUCGGCAUACUCAGAUUAUCUGACUGUUUGGUGAAAGAGGAAGGUUGUGCUGCUCUGACGUCAGCUCUGAGUUCAAACCUUUCACACCUGAGAGAGCUGGACCUGAGUAACAAUCAUCUGCAGGAUUCAGGAGUGAAGCUGCUUGCUGCUGGACUGAAGAGUCCGAACUGUCAACUCAACAUACUGAGAUUAUCUGGCUGUUUGGUAAAAGAGGAAGGUUGUGCUGCUCUGACGUCAGCUUUGAGUUCAAACCUUUCACACCUGAGAGAGCUGGACCUGAGUAACAAUCAUCUGCAGGAUUCAGGAGUGAAGCUGCUUGCUGCUGGACUGAAGAGUCCGAACUGUCAACUCAACAUACUGAGAUUAUCUGGCUGUUUGGUGAAAGAGGAAGGUUGUGCUGCUCUGACAUCAGCUCUGAGUUUAAACCUUUCACACCUGAGAGAGCUGGACCUGAGUAACAAUCAUCUGCAGGAUUCAGGAGUGAAGCUGCUUGCUGCUGGACUGAAGAGUCCGAACUGUCAACUCAACAUACUGAGAUUAUCUGGCUGUUUGGUGAAAGAGGAAGGUUGUGCUGCUCUGACAUCAGCUCUGAGUUUAAACCUUUCACACCUGAGAGAGCUGGACCUGAGUAACAAUCAUCUUCAGGAUUCAGGAGUGAAGCUGCUUGCUGCUGGACUGAACAGUCCAAAUCAACUAAACAUACUGAGAUUAUCUCAGUGUUUGGUGACAGAAGAAGGUUGUGCUGCUCUGGCAUCAGCUCUGAGUUUAAACCCAUCACACCUGAGAGAGCUGGACCUGAGCUACAAUCACCCAGGAGAAUCAGGAGUGGAGCUGCUCAAAAAGCUCAAACAUCUGGACAAACUCAAUGUGGAUCAUGGAGGAGAGUUCAGGAUCAUGUCAGGACUCCACAAAUACGCCUGUGAUCUCACACUGGAUCCAAACACAGCAAACACUCGACUCGUUCUGUCUGAGGAGAACAGAAAGGUGACGUGUGUCUCUGAGUCACAGUCGUAUCCUGAUCAUCCCGACAGAUUUGAUGUGUGGUGGCAGGUUCUGUGUUCAGAGAGUCUGACUGGACGCUGUUACUGGGAGACUGAAUGGAGCGGAGAAGGAGUUGAUAUAUCAGUGUGUUAUAAAGAAAUCAAGAGGAAAGGAGGGAGUCUUGACUGUUUGUUUGGACGUAAUGAGAUCUCCUGGAGUCUGAUCUGCUCUGGUCACAGAUUCAUUGCUCGUCACAAUAAUAAAGACACUGACAUCUCUGUUGCUCCAGACUCCUGUAAGAGAGUCGCAGUGUUUCUGGACGAGUCGAGCGGCUCUCUGUCCUUCUACAGCGUCUCUGACACACACACACUCACACACUUACACACAUUCACACACACAUUCACUCAACCUCUACUCGCUGGAUUUAGACUUUAUUCUUCAAACUCUUCAGUGUCUCUGUGUCACAUUAAACACUAAACACACACACACACACACACACACACACGCUUACACA